AUGUUAGAAAAGCGUACCCAGAGGCGAGAAUUAUCAGUUUUGGCGCCGAACUUUCAUAAGUUUGUCUCUUUUAAGCAGUAUGUGCAAGUAAACUUUCGAAAGCCGAAUACCAACAUAUCUUUUGAUGUUAUAGUCACACCUCUUGCCCUCACGGUUGCCUCGAAAUUUCGACAAAACUGACCUCACAGAGAUCCUUGCGGACUAUGCUCAACGAAACGGUAAUCGUUUGCUCUGUUCUUUUUCAUGUUAAAGAAAAAUCUGCCUGCAAAAUGGCACGACUUUUUUGAUUGGUGAGCCCAUCUCCUUUUUAAUUUUAUUAUUUCUCCGAUAUAAAAAUACACCACAAAAGACAUAAAUAUGGCAUCUCCCUCCCUCUUUCACAUCGUCUGACAUCAAGAAAACAGUUAGGUUUUUAAUUUCCCCAGGAAUCAAUAUGCUAACUUGAAGUAAGUCACUCGAAAAGAAGCCCUAUAGGUUCAAUCCGAAAGUUGAUUUGCGCAUUUGAGCCGAAAUCCAUCAGUUUUAGAGGAACAUCAGUGUGAUCUCCAUGGACUACCAACACGCAGGCAGCAGUGCUGGAAAACGGUUAACUAUUUAAGCGUUUCGAGCAAGUGAUUCUCUGGAUGGCCGAGGCCUGCGCCAAUGCGCGUCAAUGGUUGCUCGUCAUCCCCUCGGCAUUGGCUGCGCUCGUUUCCAUUUGGCCUUGAGAAAUUUGUAUGUGGCCUUUAGAUCACUAUGCCGAUUUAUGCUUGCCUCAUCUGAGUGCAUUGCCACCAGGAACUCGUGGCCUUUCCUUAUUGGACAGGCGUCAGUACUAUACACAGGCGGCAUGGUUUGCCAUACUAAGAGCGAAAAUGGAAAAAUGGUGUACCUAUCAGAAAGCAAACAGGAAACGCUGGGGAGAUCACUGGUGGGUCAAGUCCUCGCAGAUGCCUCACGCAGUGGCGGAAACACGUUUCUCGGUUUUUAACCAGCACCUCUGUUAUCGGCAGGGCAUAUCAUGCAGCACAUAUAUACUGACAGUUCGACCGUCUUGACCGUCGGCGUUCACCAUGUGCCCCGCAUGAGGUGUGAACAGGAAGGGUGGUUUGCGCCACAUCUACUACACACUCCCCCCACCUGAUCUCAGUGUCGAGAAAGAGUCAAAAGAACCGGAGGCGAGAGCGAGAGAGCGCAGUUGGCUGGCACGGCGUAAGCCCCACCUAGGCGUACCACCACAGCCUCUGGUCCACAACGUAAACUGACCAGGUAUACCAGUUGGCACGGCGUGCCCGUAUAAGAAGGCUUGCCGUCACAGCCGUAUUGUUGGCAUUUGCUAUGGGUGUGCAUUCACGAUGGCCUCUGCCGGACUCCGAUCUAGCCCCCCUGUGUUGACGCAGCGCAGUUACCAUGUGGCCCGUUUUAGUCGAGGAUAUGUAUACUACUGGCUGUCGGUCGGUAGUACCUUAAUAUUACGCGGUAAUCCCACUGAUGAGGAUGAAUUCCGGUUGAAGUAUUCACAUAGACUUUCGGAAUGAGCCUGUAAGGCUUGAUUCUAGGGGAUUAACUCCGGGUUAUUGAUUAACUUUUAAAAAAAGUAAAAAGCAGAUUUGGUAGAUUCCAGACGUUGCAGUAGUUUGGGCUGGUAACUUGUCCCACAUGUUAUUAAAAUCGCGUCGUCCGGCGGGGCCUCGCAGCUCAAAUGGUUAGAUCGUUGACUGUAUUAAAGCCAUCCUCUUACUGUUUGGGUUCGAAUCCCACCGAGGCGCCGAGUUCUUCACAGUUGGGUCAAUAUGAAUUAUUCAAAAUCUGCCAAAAUACCUAUGAAUUACGUAAGCCUGGUAGUCAUCUGGUGGAUUCUAUGUGAAUUACUUAGGAAAUCCUGCUUGGGCAGUCAAAUUACUGUAUCAGAUUUGGUGGAUUCCAGACGUUGCAGUAGGUUGGGCGGGUAAAUUGACCCAAAUGUGAUUAAACCCGCGUGGUCCGGCGGGGUUUCGUAGCUCAAAUGGUUAGAGCGUUGGCUGUACUAAAGUCAUCCUCUUACUUCUUGCGUUCGAAUCCCACCGAGGCGCCAAGUUUUUCACGGUUGGGUCAAUACGAAAAGGCUGAAAAUAAAAAACUGGUGUAUCUAUCACAAACGACACGCGAAGUGCUUGGGGGUCCUCUGAUGUGACGAACUCUUCGCAGCCGUUUCAUGCAGCGGCAGAAUAUCGGCGAAACACAUGUCUGGGCUUUUAGCUGGUACCUGUGCUAAUUAUGCCUGUUGGUGGUUUAUGAAUACUUCGCGGUUAUUCUGUUGUGGCCGGUGGACUUCGGCCCAAAUAUUCAUGUCGAAUUUCAGUCUGAGCCCAUAAGCAAGUUAGCAAUUAAUUUCUGAGGAAAUUAAAAAGCCACAAUAAGCCUCAGAUAUUUUCACGUAAUUAUAGUCACUCUACGGAGAGAAAGGUUACGGAUAUGAAGGAGUAAUACAUAGCCAGGAAAUGCUCAUACUGGGUUGAAAUAGUAUUUCGCAACGCCAAGAUCUGUCCUAAUUGAAGUUGGUGAUUAAAUGUUUUUUAAAGGCUAAAGCAUAUUUUGCCGACAACCGGCUUGCCAAAACUGGUAAUGUCUUAGAUUGGCGAAGCUAACUUCAGUUGCUUUCGGGCAAAAUCGAUACAAACGCUCGGUACUCUGACCUAAGGCACAAUGAGACGCUUAACACUAAGUGUGAACGCCUGAGGCAUCAAAAGUCUUAUGUUUAAGCAAAGAUGGGUAAUUUUCAAAAGUAUCUAGAUAUUGAAAUUUUUCAUGUCACCUCAUAUUAAAGCGCACAUUUCUAAAUUGUAAAAUGAACAUAAUUUAGGGUAAGGGAAUUCUAUACUAACAGCACAGCUAACAGCCAAAAGCCUAUACACGCGGGUUUCGCUGAUAUUAUGCCGUUGCAUGGCACAGCUGAAAGGGGUUCGACUCAUCAGUGGCUGAUGGGCUUCGGUCCAGAUAUCUAUACAUAAAAACUUCGGUCUGAGCCUAUAACCCUAGAAUAUACUGAUCUACUCCAACUUCGCUGUUAAUUUCUGAGGAGAUUAAAAAAAGCAACAAUACUUUCAAACAUACAAUUUUCCGGGUAAACAGUCAGACGCCGAAAGAACCAUUGCAUAAGUGGUGUCAAAAAUGCUGUCUUCUCGGGUCCCCUAGGUCUUAUAUUUUUCUGCAACUCACUGGCUCAUGCAGCACGAGAUAAUGUUCUGCAAGAACAGCAAUAGAAGCAACGCAAUGGCUUGUAGUGAGCGAAGUUGGCUGUUGGAAGUUGUAUGGAGACCCUGGCAUAGUUUAAGCAACAGCAGGCUUGCUAAGACUGGUAGCUGAUUUAAUUUCUGCUAAAUUUGACGAAAAACGAUAAAAUAGCUCGUUAUUUUAGGUUGAGGUCAAGUGGGAUGCAUCAGCAAACGGAGCAUCUUGUAAGUUCUAAUAUUCUCGAUCUCAGCCAAGAAAGGCACCAAGCUGUGAAUUCUGUAGCGAAGUGUUUGAUUUGAAAAUGAUCAGUGAUCAACUGAACAGAAGCUGAGGCUAGAUCGCAGUUGGUAGCCAGGAAUGGGAAGCGGACGGCGACCUAACCCUAAUCCUAACCUUAACCCUAACCCUAGCCCCAACAUUAAACGUUAACCGUUAACCCUAACGGCAACCUUAACCCUAACCCUAACCGAAAUCGUAAACGUAACUGUAGCCCUUAGGCAUAGGCGUAACUGGAAAGCCUAACCGUGAUAUUGAAAUCUAAUCGUACGCUCAAACCCUAACCGUAACCCGAAAACCGAAGCCUAAAUGCAUAACCCUAACCCGAAAAUAGGAAACUAUUAACUGGUACCCUAAUCCUAACCUCAACCGUAAAACGGAAGACAAAUGGGUCACAUGUGAUUAUGGAACCUGACAAAAUGGCUCCAGUAAACAACCCCCCAGCCCCCUGUAAUGCGGGGCCUGGCUACCAACUGCGAUCUAGCCGAAGCUAAAAUCUCAGAUGUCAGGAUGACGGCCUGAUGCUGGGAAAUGCGCCGGAAAUAGUGAUUUCAUGCAUGAAGGUUAAAGGGGAACCGAGAGUGGAUGGAAAUGGAGCCAGCCAUUUUGACGCAAAGUGUCCGCGAAGCGUCCACAUUAGAGCGAAUAGCAGCCUUCCUCAACUACGUCCAAUAAGUACGUCCCAGGUGUAUAAAAGAGAAGAGUGCACAUUCCUUGUCAACAGAGUAGCGCAACCUGUCACAUUGCCCUCCUCCUCCUCCUCCUUUUCCUCCUCCUCCUCCUCCUCCUCCUCCUCCUCCUCCUCCUCCUCCUCCUCCUCCUCUUCUUCUUUUCAUUCCUGCUUUUGUCACAUCCAUCUCCUUGGAAGUCUUGGAGCACGUCCUUCCAACAGGUCUUGACAGAAGUUCCACGGUUUUAUCGUUAUCGCCUAAUAAUAAGUUUUCUUCAAAAGUCUGACGUCUGCCAAAAAAGCAGAACGCAGAAAAGUAAAGAAAGAGGAAUGUCGAAAAUUUUGAUUCAGUUGAAAAUCCCUCCCUCCUCUACUCUCACUGUUUGGGUUUUUGGAUCAUCUUAUUUUUUCUCAAGUUUAAAUGAAAAAAAAGACUUUUAGGCCUUCUUUUUCUUUUUGCUCAGUCACACUUCAGCUGGGCAAUAUCUUCUCGUUUGCACAUGGCAGGUUGGAGACGCCGAAAACGCCGGUGAACAUCCGUUUGAGGAUGAGCCUCCCUUCUCAGCUCCUGGAGUAUCCUUUUGAACCAUGCGAUUUACUUCCUGUUAUAUACCUUGUUUGUACGCUGGCUUUCGUGAGUUUGGAAAGCGGCACUCCUAUGCGGCUAAAGAUAACAGUAUCGCGUGCGCUGAACCGUUUGAGUAAACAGAUGUUGUCCGCAUUUGUGGGAGAUAUUUACGUCAAUUAUGGCCUCCAAUUUUCUCCCGCCAUGAUAUGGCCUUGAUCCGUUCCGCUUUUAAUACUGAUAUGUUUAUCUGAAAAAAAACUUGCUCUAUCCGAGGCCUCUCACGCACAUCGAACCAUUUCGAGCCUGUUUGUUUUUUGGAAAGCUGAUUUAGAGGACGAAGUUUUGGAAGAAAGUUUGGCGGUGCAAGACUUUUCUUUCUCCCCCGUCUACUUGCCACAGAUACCUUCCCAUUUGCUGGUAGAACGCCUGUUAACCACACUUUGUUUUCCAACAAAAUGCACAGCGUCUUCACCACGAGGCGGCCAGCCUGCUGCAGGAGAGGAGACCAAAAGACUCGCCAACAAUGACAGAACAAUCUGUGAUGGUCUACAGCAUAGCAUGCCAAAAUUGUGACUCAAGGUAUGUCGGUGAGACGGGCAAACGCCUCGGCACAAGAUUGCAUGAACACCAGUUUGCAUUCAAUCACAGAGAUAAGCUGCUUAGAUAAUUCGACUACCGCCGUCGAGUUGAUUGGCGGGGCUGUAUUGUGGAGGCGCCGAAGGUUGAUGGACUGCGAGUGAAGCAUCUGGAAGCCUCUUGGAACUUUUUGCUGCCUCCACAAAAGGUUGAAUUAGAAACGGUCAGCGUCGAAGGUUCAUGGGAUUUGCAAAAAAUCAAUCUCUCUGGCUUCACCAUGAUCCAGGAGAAGAACGACUGGUUUGCCGGUUGUGCUCUGAAAUCGGCAGGAUAAGUCCUGCACUUAGACUGAGACUAGACACGUCAACCUCAUGACUCUGACCUCGAUCCUAAAAGUCUACAGAAACAGUAGUCGCUUCCUGGUGGUGGUCAAACGUAUCCCGGCUUCGCAGACGCCUAGAACGCUCAGUCAAUAGCCGUAAGGAUGCUGCACGGACUGCGUUUGCGCAGGCACAACGCAACCUUUGGUCAGCACUCUUCUUCACGGUUUCGCGUCUUACCCUUCGUUUGGAAAGCAAGUUCAGAAGUGGGGCUUUUGGCUCCUGGUGCUUGUGAAGUUCAGUUAUUUCUCAAGCAAACAAAUGCAUCGGGAAUGGAGACAAGUACAGAUCGAGAUCUAGAGUUUGGUGUCGGGAAGGCCUUUAUGCAGAAAACAAAAACCUUCGGUAUCGCACCGAGUAUGGCAGGGUCGUGGCAAUGGAAAGUCGGUCGCCUUGCUCGAUAUCUUGAAGAUAUCUGCCAAACCGAUAACUGUCCAUAUCUUUCACAGUCUUUGACUUCGGGACUCGGUCUGGAUUAGGGGAAACGUCCCCCACCUACAGCACGGGAGCCCCGCACAGCAACACUUUUGAGUUAGGAGGGAGAGCACUAUCCGCUAAGUUAACAUCAGUCAUCUUUGCUUCAGCAAUUCAGCGUUUGUCCUCCGUACCGACGGUUAUUAAAUCACCUCAAGCCAUUCAUUAAUGACCAACUCACGUCGUAUACAACACGAAUUCACUCCUAUGAAUUCGCUGUUUUCAGCUAAAGUUUUGCAAUUACCGUUAAACAACAGGACUCACUGCCCUUAUUUUGUAAGUACCAACUGUUAACGGCCAGUUUACAUCCCGCAAAAACCUUUUGCGGAUUCGGGUUGCACACUCAGAACUUGGGCACUUUAGUACAGAGUCCCCUUAAGCUGGUUGUUUUCUGCGACCAAAGAAUGCAACUGAAACAAACUGAAGAACGAUUUUCGUUGUUGCGGUCUGUUAAGAUGUGAGUCACGAAGUCGACAAAGAUGCGCUCUGGGACGAGCAGGACGAACUCUCUGGCCAAUAGUCGGUCCCCCUCAGUGGAUGAGACCCAAUUAUACGCACGUGUCAUUUUUUUGGAAGUCUGGCCCACGUACCUCAGAAAUUUCUGCCUGACACUUUUUCGCUUUGUUUUUACAUCCAGUGAGGGACCGAUCUCAUGAAAUGUUGGUAGAAAUUCUGAAACGUGUUUUCGAACGGGAAGGAUUUCUCAGGUGGGGUUGUAAUAUUGAUUAUCAUGCAGCAUAAUCUUCAGGAUGUCAGCUUUCGAAUGCAUUUCUUUUUGACGCCCUGCAGAAACUACGCUUGGUUAAAAAGGGCUACUUAUAUAGCAUGCAUUUUUCACAUUGAUUUUUGACAAUCUGAAAAAUUUAACCAUAUUUUAUAGAAAACAUGCACAAAAUAGGCUUUCUUUUACUCGUUUGGUAGAAAAGCACAUUGUUUUUGCAUUUUGUACCCAAAUAAAGUUUAUCUUUCGGCCUUAAAAUGUUUCUAAUUAUGAGGUUUUUAAGACCGUACGAUGUCGAUACAUACAGCAUCGCACAUGCCCGUUUGCCAAUGCUCAGGAAAUAUGCAACACAGUCCGGAUCCACUGCAAUAUUUUAUGAACUCAAUGUGAUAUCCUCUUAAAAACAUAGAGAAAUGUAUGAUUUUUCUUACGCAGAAAGCAUGCGUCUUGCAGACUAAGGUCGCUAGAAGCUGAUGAAAGGGCAGAUCAGGCUGAAAAUUAUUCAAGAAUUGCGAAGCUUUUUUAAAACCUAACUAUACACUUUCUUCGAGUAUAAAAUAUGAAGAAAAUAUGAUUUUAUACCACAGGAAUAAAAGAAAGCAUAUUGGCAGAAUGGCAUUACCGACAAAGACAAGGGAGACUGGAAUGGCCAUUUCUGGCUUAUUAGCCGUUGUCAGCCAGCCAUACCCAGCCCCAAGGUGUGCAACACCCGAGGAUCGAACUCACGACCACUUAUUUAGAAGUCUACGCCUCUAACCGCUGGGCCAGGAGCCCGUUGCCUUGUCGCUUUUCGAUCGAGAAUACACAAUGGUAGGGGGGCGCUCACCGAUCGUUCCUGCGGAACUCACUCGUUCCGUUGUGCCUUAUAGGCUCUGUCUCGAGCUCAACCAGCAGCCGCACAGAGACGCAUGAUAUAGGCAGAAUGGUUAGAGGCGUGGACUUCUAAAUAACAGGUCGCGUGUUCGAGCCUCGGGUGUUGCACACUUCGGGGUUGGGUAUGGCUGGCUGACAACGGCUAAUAAGCCAGAAAUGGCCAUUCCAGUCUCCCUUGUCUUUGUCGGUAAUGCCAUUCUGCCUAUAUCAUGCACCGCUGUGCGGCUGCUGGUUGGGCUCGAGAGAGAGCCUAUAAGGUACAACCGAACGAUCGGUGAGCGCUCCCUACCAUUAGAAAACAUUUUUUUGUGCAUGUUUUUUAAAAAUAUAUUUGAAUUUAUGAGGAAAUCGAAAAUCAGUAUGUAAAAAGCAUGCCAUAUAAGUAGCCACUUUUAACCAAGCGUGGCUUCUGUAGGUCGUCAAAAAGAAGUGCAUUCAAAAGCUGACAUCCCGACGACCUCAAAAUAUUAUAGGAUUAUGCCGCAUGCUAAGCAAUAUUACAACCCCACCUAAGAAAUCCUUUCCAAUCGAAAACGCAUUUAUGAAUUUCGACCAUUUCAUGAGAUCGGCCACGUACUGUACCUCAGAAAUUUUUGCUUGGCACUUUUUCGCGUUGUCUUGAUAUCCGUGGCUUCACGGACGAGUCCCAGUUCGCAGCAUAUUUUGCAACCAUGCGAUAUCCUGGCGAGAAAAGUGACCCUAGUACUAGCAAACGAUUCCUGUAAUUUACUGAUAUUUCGUCGCGUACUCACGUCAGACGCAUGCCGCCGUGCACUGCAUCAGGCCUAUUUUGACACCUAACCCUCAUAUUUUUCGUCAUCCAAGACCGUGGACAGCUGAUACGCGAAAGGUGGUUGCCAGCAGUUUUUUUCAAGUUGCUCAAGUUGACAAGGAAGUAGGCAGUCAAGCAGCAAUGAGCGUAUCAUGGACCAAACCUGGCAAGAUGCCAAUAACCGAGCCUCGGCUCGUAAGAAUAUCUUGCUGAACCGAAGGACGUUCCUUGCACUGUUAUUUAGAGUUUUUUCCCAAUCACGACAUGUGGUCGUCGUCUUUGUCGUCGUCUAGAAGCAUUGUAACCCUCGCUCUGACAUUUGGAGAACGCUGAGCCCAUCCACCGACGGUAGACUUGCCCGCCAGAACAAAUUUUCAGGCUGCAAAUCAAAAUUAUCAAAACGCUGGAGUAUUGAGUUGCGCCGGUAUCUGCUUUUCGCCACUUUGUUAAUUUCAGUGGAGUUUUUGAGUCGAUAUUUGCCUUUUAAAUGGGCAAAAACAUUUCCCCCCAUUGAUGAUUCCCUUCCUAACGAGCUAGUGCUUAGAAGUCAGCAACAAAGUCAGCCUUAACUCAGCUCCCUCUCGCACAGAUUCGAAUCCUCCUUCCUUUAUCAGGCAAAAUGGUUCUACGUCUGCUACGUUUGCAUCCUGAUACCAUUUUACUGGCUUAUAAGACGCCUUCAGAACUACGUCUUUCUAGAGCACCGGCUGUUCAAAGCAAUCAAGUUAAUGGAGUCGGGAGAGUUGGGAGGUUCCAGCUGUCGGACACACCAGCACUGA